GCAACUGAUGAAGGAUACUAUGAAUGUAGUGCCUUUCAACUCAGUGAAUCUCGUUUUUAUGAUGGAUUUAUCUUAAUUAUUGUUUGUAACAAUAGCUGUGAACCUGGUUAUACACUUGACAAUAGCACCUGUACUUGUUCACUAUCAAAUAUAUGUGAACUGGGUCCUUGUCAGAAUGGAGGCAGUUGUACACUAGUUUCAGCUCCUUCCAAUUACACCUGUGACUGUACUGGUACUGGCUAUCAAGGAGUUAACUGCACUAACUUCCUUGGAAUACCUCCAAUCAUCACUGCUCCUGAACUAAACUAUUCUGUACUAAAUGGAUCCAGUGCUACAUUGACGUGCACACUGGAGAAUGUAGGCACACCAGUAGCUGCAAUAAUAUGGAGAUUUAAUGGGAGUACUCUAAGUAACAGCUUCAAGUAUACCAUCACCAACAGCACAUCUAACAGUGCCGGCUCAACUCAACUACUGAUCAAUGAUGUGGUGGUGUCUGAUGCUGGUGUUUAUUACUGUCAAGCUAGUAAUGGAGGAGGAACAUCUGCUGCAGGAAUCACUCUUAGUGUACAAGUUCCUCCAUCAAUCACAUCUAUUUCAAAUGAGACACAAGUACGAUAUAAAACUGUUUUGACAUUGAACUGCACUGCUAGUGGUGUACCAAGACCAGUGGUCACUUGGUCAAAAGAUGGAGGGGAAUUACCUAAUGAACAAAUUUUAAAUAAAAUUCUGACUGAUAGUGUUUUAUCAAGUGCCUUCAGAUUUGAAGGAUCAUUAACAUCAACCGGACAAUACACCUGUACUGCAGUGAAUGAUUUAGUAGAAAGAAGAGUAGCCAGUGGAACUAUAAAUAUACUUACAUAUGAGCCACUUCAGUUUAAUAAAGGACUUAUUGGAAAUUAUUCCAUUCAAUCUGAGCCAUACACAGCAUAUUGUAACUUCACUGCUCUCCCUCAUGCUAAUGUAUUGUGGGCACGUGAUGGGAUUACUCUCUACAGCAAUACUGAU